CCCCGCUGCGCUGCCGGCCUCGCGCUCCCGCGGGCGCCCGCACCCCCUCUCCCUACCUGGGCGGGGAGCGGCGUCGCCCGGCCUCCUCCCCAGCUCGCUCGCAACUCCUGCUGGGCCGCGGCUACGCCGCCGCCGCCGCCGCGGGAGUAAAGGUCGCGCGCGCCGAGAUCCAGCCGGCUGCGGCGUCUUCAGGAAGCUCGCGGGGCAGAGUGUGGGCAAAAGGGGAAAAGACCGAGCGAAACUCUCGGCCCGUCCAGGAAGAUGGCGCCAGGCAGGCGGGCCGUGGACUGAGAGCCGCCGGGGCAGCGAGGAGCCGGGACACGCUGUCCCGCCCACCCGGACACCAGCGAGGGACACCGGGCCGGCGCGGCGUCCCGGGCUCCGGCCCGGCUCGCGCCGUCAUGUCGGUCAGCGAGCUCUACAGCCAGUACACGAGGGUCUGGAUCCCCGAUCCAGAUGAAGUAUGGCGCUCAGCUGAACUAACCAAGAACUACAAAGAAGGAGAGAAGAGCCUCCAGCUCAAACUGGAAGAUGAGACGAUUCGGGAAUACCCAGUGGAUGUGCAAAGCAACCAGCUGCCCUUCCUGCGGAAUCCAGACAUCUUGGUGGGAGAAAAUGACCUCACUGCCCUCAGCUACCUUCACGAGCCUGCAGUUUUGCAUAACCUGAAGGUCCGUUUUCUGGAGUCCAACCAUAUCUAUACUUACUGUGGAAUUGUGCUUGUUGCCAUUAACCCCUAUGAACAGCUGCCAAUCUACGGACAAGAUGUCAUCUAUGCCUACAGUGGCCAAAACAUGGGCGACAUGGACCCUCACAUCUUUGCUGUGGCAGAAGAAGCGUAUAAGCAGAUGGCCAGAGAUGAAAAGAACCAGUCCAUCAUCGUCAGCGGGGAGUCCGGAGCUGGGAAGACAGUGUCAGCCAAGUAUGCCAUGCGUUAUUUUGCCACAGUCGGUGGCUCAGCCAGCGAGACCAAUAUUGAAGAGAAGGUCCUGGCAUCUAGUCCCAUCAUGGAGGCCAUUGGGAAUGCCAAAACCACCCGCAAUGACAACAGCAGUCGCUUUGGGAAGUACAUUCAGAUCGGCUUCGACAAAAGGUACCACAUCAUCGGGGCCAACAUGAGGACCUACCUGCUGGAGAAGUCCAGGGUGGUCUUUCAGGCAGAUGAUGAGAGAAAUUACCACAUUUUUUACCAGCUCUGUGCAGUUGCCAAUCUCCCGGAAUUUAAAGAGCUGGCACUAACUUGUGCAGAGGACUUUUUCUACACGUCACAAGGAGGAGACACAUGGAUCGAGGGUGUAGAUGAUGCAGAGGACUUUGAGAAGACUCGACAAGCCUUCACACUCCUUGGAGUGCGAGAGUCCCAUCAGAUAAGCAUUUUUAAGAUAAUUGCUUCCAUCUUACACCUUGGAAGCGUGGAGAUUCAGGCUGAGCGGGAUGGAGACUCCUGCAGCAUAUCACCCGAGGAUGCACACCUGAACAACUUCUGCCGCCUGCUAGGGGUAGAGCACAGUCAGAUGGAGCACUGGCUGUGCCAUCGCAAGCUGGUCACCACCUCGGAGACCUAUGUCAAGACCAUGUCCGUGCAGCAGGUGGUCAACGCGCGCAAUGCCCUGGCCAAGCACAUCUACGCCCAGCUUUUCGGCUGGAUUGUUGAGCACAUCAACAAGGCCCUGCAUACCACCCUGAAGCAGCACUCCUUCAUUGGGGUCCUGGACAUCUAUGGGUUUGAGACCUUUGAGGUAAACAGCUUUGAGCAGUUUUGUAUCAACUAUGCCAAUGAAAAGCUCCAGCAGCAGUUCAACUCGCAUGUGUUCAAGUUGGAGCAAGAAGAAUACAUGAAGGAGCAGAUCCCUUGGACCUUGAUUGAUUUUUAUGAUAAUCAACCUUGUAUUGACCUCAUAGAAGCUAAGCUGGGUAUCCUGGAUCUGCUGGAUGAAGAAUGCAAGGUGCCAAAAGGAACAGACCAGAACUGGGCUCAGAAGCUCUAUGACCGGCAUUCCAGCAGCCAGCACUUCCAGAAACCCCGCAUGUCCAAUACAUCCUUCAUCGUCGUCCACUUUGCAGAUAAGGUGGAGUACCUUUCAGAUGGUUUUCUGGAGAAAAACCGGGACACAGUAUAUGAGGAGCAGAUCAACAUCCUGAAGGCUAGCAAGUUCCCACUAGUGGCUGACUUGUUUCGGGAUGAUAAAGACCCUGCCCCUGCCUCCGCGACCUCUGGGAAGGGAUCAUCUUCAAAGAUCAACAUUCGCUCUGCCAGGACCCCCAUGAAGGCCUCCAACAAGGAGCACAAGAAAUCUGUGGGCCACCAGUUCCGUACCUCCUUGCAUCUGCUCAUGGAGACCCUGAAUGCCACCACACCGCACUACGUCCGCUGCAUCAAGCCCAAUGAUGAGAAGCUCCCCUUCCACUUUGAUCCAAAGAGAGCUGUGCAGCAGCUCAGAGCGUGUGGGGUACUGGAGACGAUUCGUAUCAGCGCGGCAGGCUAUCCGUCCAGGUGGACCUACCAUGACUUCUUCAACCGGUAUCGGGUGCUGGUCAAGAAGAAAGAGCUUGCCAACACAGACAAGAAGGCCAUUUGCAAGUCUGUCCUGGAAAGCCUCAUCAAGGAUCCAGACAAGUUCCAGUUUGGACGCACCAAGAUCUUCUUCCGGGCGGGCCAGGUGGCCUACUUGGAGAAGCUGCGGGCCGACAAGUUCCGGGCAGCCACCAUCACGAUCCAGAAGACGGUCCGGGGCUGGCUGCAGAGGGUGAAGUACCACAGGCUGAAGGGGGCUACCUUAACCCUGCAGAGGUACUGCCGAGGAUUCCUGGCCCGCAGGCUGGCUGAACACCUGCGGAGGACCCGGGCUGCCAUAGUGUUCCAGAAGCAGUACCGCUUGCAGAGGGCCCGCCAGGCCUACCAGAGGGUCCGCAGGGCUGUUAUUGUCAUCCAGGCCUUUGCUCGGGCCAUGUUCGUGCGCAGAACCUACCACCAGGUCCUCAUCCAGCACAGGGCCACCAUCAUCCAGAAAUACAUCCGGGGCUGGAUGGCGCGCAGGCGUUUCCAGCAGCAGCGGGACGCAGCCAUCGUCAUCCAGUGCGCCUUCCGCAGGCUCAAAGCCAAGCAGGAGCUAAAGGCCCUCAAGAUUGAGGCCCGCUCCGCAGAGCACCUGAAACGCCUCAAUGUGGGCAUGGAGAACAAGGUGGUCCAGCUGCAGCGGAAGAUCGAUGACCAGAACAAAGAGUUCAAGACGCUGUCGGAGCAGCUGUCUGCCAUCACCUCCACACACACCAUGGAGGUGGAGAGGCUGAAGAGAGAGCUGGCGCAUUACCAGCAGAGCCAGGAGGCCGACACCAGCCUGCAACUUCAGGAGGAAGUGCAGAGCCUGCGCACCGAGCUGCAGAAGGCCCACUCCGAGCGCAGGGUCCUGGAGGACACCCACGGCCGGGAGAAGGACGAGCUGAGAAAGCGUGUGGCAGACCUGGAGCGAGAAAAUGCUCUGUUGAAAGAUGAGAAGGAACAGCUUAACAGCCAAAUCCUGAGCCAGGGCAAAGAUGAAUGUGCUCAGAGCUCUGUGGAGGAGAAUCUCCUGAUGAAGAAGGAGCUGGAGGAGGAACGGUCCCGGUACCAGAACCUCGUGAAGGAAUACUCCCGCUUGGAGCAGAGAUAUGACAACCUGAGGGACGAGGUGACCAUCCUAAAGCAAACUCCAGGCCACAGGCGGAACCCAUCCAACCAAAGUAGCUUAGAGUCGGACUCCAAUUAUCCUUCCAUCUCCACCUCUGAGAUCGGAGACACUGAGGAUGCCCUCCAACAGGUAGAGGAAAUCGGGGUGGAAAAAGCAGCCAUGGACAUGACCGUCUUCUUGAAGUUACAGAAGAGAGUGCGAGAGCUGGAGCAGGAGAAGAAGAAGCUGCAGGUGCAGCUGGAGAAGAAGGAACAGCAGGACAGCAAGAAGGUGCAGAUCGAACAACCAAAGAAUGACAUCAAUUUGGAUCAGGAUGCAGAUCUGGCCUAUAAUAGUCUGAAGAGGCAAGAGCUGGAGUCAGAGAACAAGAAGCUGAAGAAUGACCUGAAUGAGCUGAGGAAAGCUGUAGUUGACCAAGCCACACAGAACAACUCCACCCACAGCUCUCCAGAUAGCUACAAUCUCCUGCUGAACCAGCUCAAACUGACCAAUGAGGAGCUGGAGGUCCGCAAGGAGGAGGUGCUCAUCCUCAGAACACAGAUCAUGAGUGCUGACCAGCGCAGACUUGCCGGCAAGAACACGGAGCCAAACAUUAAUGCCAGAACAAGUUGGCCUAACAGCGAGAAGCAUGUAGACCAGGAAGAUGCCAUCGAGGCCUACCAUGGGGUCUGCCAGACAAACAGGUUGCUGGAGGCCCAGCUGCAGGCUCAGAGCCUGGAGCAUGAGGAAGAGGUGGAGAGUCUCAAGGCCCAGGUGGAGGCCCUGAAGGAAGAGAUGGACAAACAACAGCAGACCUUUUGCCAGACAUUGCUGCUCUCCCCAGAGGCCCAAGUGGAAUUCGGUGUCCAGCAGGAGAUAUCCCGGCUGACCAACGAGAACCUGGACCUUAAAGAGCUGGUAGAAAAGCUGGAAAAGAAUGAGCGGAAGCUGAAGAAACAACUGAAGAUCUACAUGAAGAAAGUCCAGGACCUAGAAGCCACCCAGGCAUUGGCUCAGAGUGACAGAGGGCACCAGGAGCUCACCAGGCAAGUCACAGUCCAGCGGAAAGAGAAGGACUUCCAGGGCAUGCUGGAGUACCACAAGGAGGACGAGGCACUCCUCAUCCGGAACCUGGUGACAGACCUGAAGCCCCAGAUGCUCUCGGGCACGGUGCCCAGCCUCCCCGCAUACAUCCUCUAUAUGUGCAUCAGGCAUGCGGAUCACACCAGCGACGACCUUAAGGUGCACUCCCUACUCACCUCCACCAUCAACGGCAUUAAGAAAGUCCUGAAGAAGCACAAUGAUGACUUUGAGAUGACAUCGUUCUGGCUAUCCAACACCUGCCGCCUCCUUCACUGCUUAAAGCAGUACAGUGGGGAUGAGGGCUUCAUGACCCAGAACACUGCGAAGCAGAACGAGCACUGCCUCAAGAACUUUGACCUCACUGAAUACCGACAGGUGCUGAGUGACCUUUCCAUUCAAAUCUACCAGCAGCUCAUUAAAAUUGCAGAGAGCUUGUUGCAGCCUAUGAUAGUGUCUGCCAUGUUGGAAAAUGAGAGCAUUCAGGGCCUGUCUGGUAUGAAGCCAAUGGGCUACCGGAAGCGCUCCUCCAGCAUGGAGGGCGGGGAGAACUCAUACUGCCUAGAGGCCAUCAUCCGCCAAAUGAAUUCCUUCCAUACGGUCAUGUGUGACCAGGGCCUGGACCCCGAGAUCAUCCUGCAGGUGUUCAAGCAACUCUUCUACAUGAUCAACGCGGUGACUCUGAACAACCUCCUGCUGCGGAAGGAUGUCUGCUCUUGGAGCACAGGCAUGCAGCUCAGGUAUAACAUAAGCCAACUUGAGGAAUGGCUUCGGGGAAGAAACCUUCACCAGAGCGGGGCAGUCCAAACUCUGGAACCUUUGAUCCAGGCAGCCCAACUUCUGCAGCUGAAGAAGAAAACCCAGGAGGACGCAGAGGCCAUCUGCUCUCUGUGUAACUCACUCAGCACUCAGCAGAUUGUCAAAAUUUUAAACCUUUAUACUCCCUUGAAUGAAUUUGAAGAACGGGUCACAGUGUCCUUUAUCCGAACAAUCCAGGCACAACUACAGGAGCGAAAUGACCCUCAGCAACUGCUGCUAGACUCCAAACACAUGUUUCCAGUCUUGUUCCCGUUUAAUCCGUCUUCUCUGACCAUGGACUCAAUCCACAUCCCAGCGUGUCUCAACCUGGAGUUCCUCAGUGAAGUGUGA